UCCCGAGCUCGUAUUGGGUGUGUCCGCCCUGUCAAUCAAGACUUGCUCAAUCCGUAAGCUCCGCCCCUUCUGCUCUCGGCUCGAUGCAGCACAAGGACUGUCAACUCACCGCGCAACUUUGCUCAAUCACUGGAUUUUACAUCACUUUUGGAGUACGAAAACUUACUUUUCUGGGGUGUAACGUUAUUGGACCGGCCUCGGGUGCGAUGGAGGUUUAGGAGGGCUGUUUGUCGUUGUAAAGAGUAAGCUUUGGGUCAUAUUUAGCGUUUGAUGGCUGCUGGGGAUGGAGCGCAGCUGCCGGCGACCGUAGCGGCCAGCAGGAGCGUGGAGAAGGCGCUGGAAGAGGCUGCGUCCAGCGGAGCGCUCAUCCUCUCCAACCGCAAACUCAAAGAGUUCCCCCGCACCGCCAAGAACUAUGACCUGUCCGACAUUACACACGCAGACCUGUCAAAGAACCGGCUGUGUGAGGUGCCAGAGGAGGUGUGUCAGUUUGUCUCUUUGGAGACGCUCAGCCUGUACCACAACUGUGUGCGAUCCCUCACGCCCAGCCUGUGCCAGCUGCAAGCCCUCACCUACCUCAACCUCAGUCGAAACCAGCUGUCCAGUCUACCGCUGUCAGUAUGUCAGCUCCCUCUCCUGCGGGUGCUCAUCGUCAGCAACAACAAGUUAUCAGUCAUACCGGCCUCCAUACACACACUCAUACACCUGCGACAACUGGAUGUGAGCUGUAAUGAGCUGCAGUCACUUCCUGUUGAGCUCGGCCAGUUAGAAUGUUUAAGGGAUUUAAAUCUGAGAAGAAAUCAGCUUACAACUUUACCAGAAGAGCUGUCAGAGUUGCCGCUUGUCCGUCUGGAUGUGUCGUGCAACCGCAUAUCGCACGUGCCUGUGUGCUACCGUCAUCUCCGGCACCUCCAAAGCAUCAUUCUUGACAACAACCCCCUCCAAAUGCCCCCGGCCCAGAUCUGCUCCAAAGGAAAGUUCCACAUCUUUAAAUAUCUGAACAUGGAGGCCUGCAAAAGGACUCAGGACCAGUUUGAGAAAGCUCUGCGGCCCACCGCCUUCAACAGCUGUCUGGAACAGGACCUGUUCCCCGGUCAGUAUGGUGGCCUGGAUUCUGGCUUUAACAGCGUGGACAGCGGUAGCAAAAGAUGGUCAGGAAAUGAGUCUGCUGAUGAUUUCUCGGAACGGUCGUUGCGAUUGACGGACAUUUCCCGCGAACACACAAAUUUUCAGGAGGAAGAGGAGAGAAAUAUAUUGCUAGAUACACCCAAAGUGAAUGGAGAACUGGAGCAAGUGGAUUUUAUAGACAACAGUGUAACGGAGGAAGAAGAGGAGAGAUGUCACCCUCCACUUACAGCGCCCCCACAGGAAAAGAGUGAAAGUACCAGCAGCACACCAUCCCAGAGCCCUGAAUCUACAGGCAGCAGGAUAUUUGUGAUUGGAGAUGGUUCAGACUCUGGCUCACCAUCCAGUCCCACUUUAGAGGAGAGAAGGAAACCUGGAAACCUGCUCAUCUGGCAGGAGAGAGAGAGAGCCCAACAGCAGAGAGACCGAGCUAGCACUUUGCAGAAGAUGACUGUAAAAACAGGAAGUAACUUGGCCACCACGACAAAGCACGGAGGAACAGGAAGUUUUUCAGUUGGUGAUUCUGAUAGCAACUCUCCACCCAAUGGCCUGAAGCAGAGAUGUGCAAGUGUAGAUCAGGUUUCUUCAUCCUCUCAAUCAGGUUCUUUACAACGCUCCAUCAGUCGCACAGAUGCGUCCUAUGUGAAGCCCUGUUCUCCUACAGGUUCUGCUCCCAAACCCAACAGCUUCUUAUUCCGCACAUCCUCACGCUGCAAUGUCAAGACUGGAUCAGGAAACAGUUUGGCGGAGUCUGGCCGCAGUGAAUCCCGCUCCACACUCAGAUCCCCUCGAGAGGAGAGAACAGACGUCCUGCAACUGCGCAAAACUCUGGAGUCACGUCUGAAGAUCUCUCUGGCUGAGGAUCUGGGAGAGGCGUUGUCCAAUGGCACAGUUCUCUGCCAGUUGGCCAAUCACGUGCGACCUCGUUCUGUGUCAAUCAUCCACAUCCCCUCACCGGCAGUGCCAAAGCUGAGUGCUGCCAAGUGCCGCCUCAAUGUCGAAAACUUCAUUGCUGCAUGUCGUAGACUGGGAAUCCCUGAGAUGGAGUUGUGUUUAGCGUCUGAUAUCCUGUGCAGUAAGCUAUCUGCAGUGCACCGCUGUGUGACGGCGCUCCUGGCAAUGGCAGGAGGAGAGGAGGAGGUGAACGAGGACAACAGCGGCACCUCUCCCUCUGUCUCUCCUUCCUCCCCUUUUUCCACCGGCUUCCUGCUCUUCUACUCUCUCCUCAUGGCUUUGCUCUAUCUGUUCUACUGCCACCUUAUAGCAUAGAGUGAGCGAGUAUCAAUGUGCAAAUGUAAUGGAUUUUAAAGUCCAUCAUCUCUGUACUGUGUACACUGUCACACACACCGUUGACGCUGUCUGACAUAUAUAUAUAUCAGAGCGAAUUCCUUACCCAUAAUGCCUUUCAGCUUACACGUUAAAGCUCCCUACAGAUAUCUUAAAAGGUUAGUUGUAGGACUUCAGAACUUCAUUUUUGUAUAACUAGUGAAAUAUUGAAAUAUAUUGCAAAUUAUCAGAUGUCUUGAUCAAAUAUCCAAAUUUUUCCACACCAAAAUGCUCAUAAACUGCUCAUUAAUGGCCACAUACCGCUUUUUCUAUAGAGGAUGUGGAAUUUAUCUGUACAUAGACAUGGUUUCCACUAAUGAAGGGCUUUUCCACCUGAUUGCCUUAGAAUCGCUGUUGAUCCCAGGAUAGUUUAUACACCUCUAGUGGUCUUUGCAAAGGAUCUUGUUAUCCUAAGAGUUUUAAAGCACUGGCACAAAUUCCCCAUCCCUUUUUUUUUUUUUUUUAUCUCUUGAAGGGCUUUAAAAUGGCUUGUAUUUGGUCCUCAUCGAAGUGCCUCAGAAGCUUGUAGGUUCCUUCUGUUCACGCAGCAGUGCAAAUGAGUUUGUAGCAUCUGGUAAACAGUCUGUUUAACAGUGGAUAACAGUGUGGUGAUGGUACUUCUCAGCUGAAUUUGGUUUAAUUUGCACGUUGUGGGAAUCUGUUAGGGUCAGGGCUGAGUGGACUAUUUCACUUUCCUUUUCUUGUUUUGUUGACUGUGACCAUCAGAGGGCAGUGCUGUUACUAAACUGUUCCUUAAACACUUUUUGACGGUACUAAUAUGAUUCAAAGCUGUGUAAACUUGUUACUUUUUUUUUUUUUUUUUGAAUGUUCAUUUUGGUUUUCUUGAGAGCAUCUUUAAUAUAAUUCCUAUAUGCAAACAGUUGAGGAUUAAGUUAUUGUUUCAGUUUAUUUAUGUUCUGCCGAAGCAGCAUUUGGUGGAAACCCAGUCUCACUGAGCACAUUACGGAAAUUAGACUAAUUAAAUUGAACAGAUUAAAUGAGUAAUACAUCUCUGAUUAAGCUGGAAAAAAAUUGUGGACAUUUAGUUGUUUUUUUUUAAAUUCAUGGAUGCACAAUAUCGCAAAAUAAUUUUUUUUUUUUUAAAUUAAAGAUGAAAUGGUUGUGAGUCAUGCUUCUCCACAGCCUUCCUGAUUCUAAAUGUGGCCGUAGUGGUUUUGUAGUCCUGUAAUGUGCCAUGAGCACCCAUCUUCCCCGGUGCUGUAUGCUGAUGUUGCUUUUGUAUUCCGUGCCUACUUAAUGUGAUUUAGAAGCUUUGCCGACAGUUUACUAACGAGCAGCCUCUCAUCUGGAGAGAACGAUAAGAGGAGAGAGAGAGACUGGGAAAUAAGGCUAGGUGAAGGGAUAUGCUGUAACUAGUUACCAAUGCACCAUCUCUCACCUAACGAUGUCUUAAACAUAUUUUAAGAGGGUUUGUUGAGGAGUUAAGUAAGUUGAUGAGGUUUUAUAAUAUUGUACAUUGUUGUCAAUGCUAAAGCUAAUCAUAAUAGAGAUUUUCAUUUAAAAUGUCCACUCUGAUAAUGAACUCAGACUUCACGUUUAGCACAGAUAGACCUCCUCGCAUUGCUCGAGAGGCUUCAGCCAUAUGAAAUAGGGAUUGUGAUGUGUUAUAUGUUGAAGGAUUUUACAGAGGACGACAUACAUACGCUAGACUCAGUUUAGAAGGCACUAGAUCUACAUGAAUGUUUCCGUCCAAAUGUUACCUAGUGGAAGCUGUUGCAACACAUGAAACGUAUUUUGUAAUAUUUAUAAAAUACUGUGUAUUUAAGAAGUUAAUGAGUUUAUAUUGAUAUAAAGAUUUGUUUUGUCUGUAAAGAAAUUAUUAAAAAACUGAAACAUU